GGCGAGAGGUAGGCCGGGCUCUGGCACCGGCGGCAGCAGGCAGGGCCGGGAUAUGCGGCAGCUGCUGCCCCGGCUUAUUCCUCUCAGCAGGACUGUGCCGCUUGAGUGUGUUUUCUGGCCUCCUCCUCCGACGAGUCUGCGGGGACGGCCGUGGCGGCUCUUCCUUCCCCGAUUUCAGCAACAGAUGCAAAACAAAAUGAAUGAUCCAGCUCUCAAAAGAAUAGCAGUUGAUAUUAUCAAAUCACCUGAGGAUAAACGAGAGUAUCGUGGGCUAGAACUUGCAAAUGGCAUCAAGGCAAUACUUAUCAGUGAUCCCACAACAGACAAGUCUUCAGCUGCACUUGAUGUGCACAUAGGGUCACUUUCAGAUCCACCUAAUAUUGCGGGAUUAAGUCACUUUUGUGAACACAUGUUAUUCUUGGGAACAAAAAAAUAUCCCAAAGAAAAUGAGUACAGCCAGUUUCUUAGCGAACAUGCCGGGAGCUCAAACGCUUUUACCAGUGGAGAACAUACCAACUAUUAUUUUGAUGUUUCGCAUGAACAUCUGGAAGGUGCUCUGGACAGGUUUGCCCAGUUUUUCCUGUGCCCUCUGUUUGAUGAAAGCUGCAAAGACCGAGAAGUAAAUGCUGUGGAUUCUGAGCAUGAGAAGAACUUAAUGAAUGAUUCAUGGAGACUCUUUCAAUUGGAGAAGGCUACUGGUAACCCCAAUCACCCCUUCAGCAAAUUUGGAACAGGAAACAAAUUUACUUUGGAAACAAGACCAAACCAAGAAGGAAUAGAUGUCAGACAAGAGCUAUUGAAGUUUCACUCUACGUACUAUUCGUCAAAUUUAAUGUCUGUGUGUGUUCUAGGACGAGAAUCACUAGAUGAGUUGACCAACUUAAUAGUAAAGCUGUUCUCUGAAGUAGAAAACAAAAACGUUCCAUUACCAGAAUUCCCUGAACAUCCCUUUCAGGAAGAACAUCUUCGGCAACUUUACAAAGUGGUGCCUAUUAAAGACAUCAGGAACCUUUAUGUCACGUUUCCCAUACCAGACCUUCAGAAGUACUAUAAGUCAAACCCCGGUCAUUAUCUCGGUCACCUUAUUGGGCAUGAAGGUCCAGGAAGUCUUUUAUCGGAACUCAAAGCUAAAGGCUGGGUGAACACACUGGUUGGAGGACAAAAAGAAGGUGCCCGAGGCUUCAUGUUUUUCAUCAUCAAUGUUGACCUCACUGAAGAAGGACUUUUACAUGUGGAUGAUAUUAUUCUGCACAUGUUCCAGUAUAUUCAGAAGUUGAGAACAGAAGGACCCCAAGAGUGGGUCUUUCAGGAAUGUAAGGAUCUAAAUGCUGUAGCCUUCCGAUUUAAAGAUAAGGAAAGACCCCGAGAUUACACAUCAAAACUUGCAGGGAUGCUGCACUACUAUCCUAUAGAAGAAGUUCUUGCUGCUGAAUAUUUACUAGAAGAGUUUAGGCCUGAUUUAAUUGAAAUGGUGCUGGAUAAACUGAGAUCUGAAAAUGUCCGGGUUGCAGUAGUUUCUAAAACUUUUGAAGGAAAAACCGAUAAGACAGAACAAUGGUACGGAACCCAGUACAAGCAAGAAGCACUUUCUGACGAAGUCGUUAAGAAAUGGCAAAAUGCUGACCUUAAUGGGAAAUUCAAGCUCCCAAUGAAGAAUGAAUUUAUUCCUACGAACUUUGAGAUUGUACCUCUAGAAAAGGAUUCACCACAGUACCCUACUCUUAUUAAGGACACUGCCAUGAGCAAGCUGUGGUUCAAGCAAGACGACAAAUUUUUCCUUCCUAAAGCUUGUCUCAACUUUGAAUUUUUCAGCCCAUUUGCUUACGUGGAUCCCUUGCAUUGUAACAUGGCCUAUUUGUACCUUGAGCUACUCAAAGACUCCCUCAACGAGUAUGCAUAUGCAGCAGAACUAGCUGGCUUGAACUAUGAUCUCCAAAAUACCAUCUAUGGGAUGUAUCUUUCUGUAAAAGGUUACAAUGACAAGCAGCAUAUCUUGCUAAAGAAGAUUAUUGAGAAAAUGGCCACCUUUGAGAUUGAUGAGAAAAGAUUUGAAAUUAUCAAGGAAGCGUACAUGCGAUCACUGAACAACUUUCGGGCUGAACAGCCCCACCAGCACGCCAUGUAUUACCUCCGACUAUUAAUGACAGAAGUUGCCUGGACCAAAGAUGAAUUAAAAGAAGCUUUAGAUGAUGUCACUCUUCCCCGCCUCAAAGCCUUUAUAUCUCAGCUGUUAUCACGGUUGCACAUUGAAGCGCUUCUCCAUGGCAAUAUAACAAAACAGGCUGCAUUAGGAAUUAUGCAGAUGGUGGAAGACACUCUCAUUGAGCAUGCUCAUACAAAGCCUCUGCUUCCCAGCCAGCUAGUGAGAUACAGAGAAGUACAGCUGCCUGACAGGGGUUGGUUUGUCUAUCAACGGAGGAAUGAAGUUCAUAAUAAUUGCGGCAUAGAAAUAUAUUAUCAAACGGAUAUGCAAAGCACCUCAGAGAACAUGUUUCUGGAGCUCUUCUGUCAAAUUAUCUCAGAGCCGUGCUUCAACACCCUGCGCACUAAGGAACAGCUAGGCUACAUUGUGUUCAGUGGUCCACGCAGGGCAAAUGGUAUUCAAGGACUGCGAUUUAUCAUCCAGUCAGAAAAACCUCCACACUACUUGGAGAGCAGGGUUGAAGCUUUCUUGAAAAGUAUGGAAAAAUCUGUAGAAGAAAUGUCAGAGGAAGCCUUCCAGAAGCACAUCCAGGCACUAGCCAUUCGACGCCUUGACAAACCAAAGAAGCUAUCUGCUGAGUGUGAAAAAUACUGGGGAGAAAUAAUUUCUCAACAAUACAACUUUGACAGAGAUAACAUUGAAGUGGCGUAUCUUAAAACUCUCACUAAGGAUGAUAUCAUGUGCUUUUACAAGAGAAUGUUGGCUGUAGAAGCCCAAAGAAGACAUAAAGUAUCAGUACAUGUACUAGCAAGGGAAAUGGACUCAUGCCCAGCUGUGGGAGAAUUUCCAUGCCAAAAUGAUGUCAAUCUGGCCCCAGCACCACCACUGCCACAGCCAGACGUGAUUCAAAAUAUGACUGAGUUCAAGCGCAGCCUGCCGCUCUUUCCUCUGGUGAAGCCACAUAUCAAUUUCAUGGCUGCAAAACUGUGAAGACUCUUGGGUGAAGAACUAGAAGUGGAUCAGUACUUGUGUGACUUCAUUGGGUUUUGAAAUGAACGAACAUCUUACAAGGACAGACAGACACAUCCAUUAUGAGGGUCCCUGAUUCCUUCUAGGUUCAUUCAACAUUAAUGGUAUGAUAGGGAUACAGCAAUUAGGCAAAUAGGCUGUAGACAUGCAUCAUUUUUAUUAUAGAGCCACUCUUGGAAAUCAGAAUCAAAGUGGUAUAUUCAAAGGUCCUUGUAGGUAUGGUAUAUUUUACAAUAGUGUGUCCUUUUUAAAGGUUUUGUUUUGCAUAAUGGAAUAUGAAGAAGCUUUCUGAACAAACUGGCGCUACUUAAAAUGUUUUUCUUAUGAAAGGUAAUUAAGAUUAAGCCCUUGGGUAGAUGUUUUAUUUGAUGUGGAUGAACGAAACAUUAUUAAAAGGAACAUGUGGACCUUUUUGCAGGAAGACUAUUGAAUGAUACCGUCAAAAAAUUGAUUGUCAGUGAAACCAGCCAUCUGGGUUUUGGGUAGAUCAGUGGAAACAAAAGAAUUUGGCAACAAAUGUGCUUGAGAGAAGAAGAGUUUGUUAGGUAUAUUGGGAUGGUUUUAAUCUUUGUACACAUUUGAAGACAUUUUACAUUCAGACUAGCAAAAUGCUGGAAACACUUGAGCAGUCAUCUUUUUCUCAUCAAGAGUGUUAGUUUGACGAUUUAUAAACCUUUCAUUUUCUCAGGGUUGCUCUGAAAAUGUUUCCUUUCAUCUGCAUAAAUUAAAUAGUUUUGACACUUUUCCAUUUCCUCCAGUUGUUCAUGUACUGUUUUAGAUGGUCCAUCAAAUUUGUUUCUGUUGUGACUUUACAAAAGACUAUUGGUGACUACUAAAAGACGUCCCAAGUAUAGUCAAAUGAAACUUGAAUUGGACAGCCCAGUUCCCUGCAUAUAUUUGCUGAAAACUAAGUGUUUCUGAGUUCAAGUGAGACAUUCAAGCAAGUAUGUUUUGGAUUUCAUCUCUUUUAACACAACUGCAUGUUGGGUUUUAUCUAUUUAACACACCAUUUGAAGGUCCAAGACUGGAUGGUGUAGCCAACAUCAUCAGUCUCAGCAGCUGUGUUAACCAGCCCUUACUAGUGUUUAAAUUGCUCAAUGCCGAAUUUCAGAGUUCUUCCUCAAGGUUUAGAUUUUAAAGUGGGAAGGGGGGGGGAAAUGACACUUGAUGCUGCACUUUAAAACUGAGACUGGAUUAAAAUGGGAUGCUGUGAGACAGAAGCACACUCUUGAGCAUCUUUGCACUUGCGCUUCAUCUCAUUUAAAAUGGGCUAUUACCCACACAAAACUACACGAUACCCGGGAGUUCCACAGGAGAAGGCUUUUGUCUUCCUAGCAUCAUGGUUCAGUCAAAUGUAAGGUUUACUCAACCGUUUUGCAUUUAAACAUCAGAUCAGGUGUGGCCAGGGCAGAAUUCUGUAUGCUUGCAACGUUUGCAUGCAGCAUUUCGAACACUGACUAAAUGCUUGUCCUUUACAUAUCUAUCCUGUAACAUUGUAUUCCACAUUUUCAGGUAUUUGACACGCUGCAAUAGCACAAUGAAUUACCCAUUCAGGAUGAAAUGCAACUAACUUACACCUACUGAUUUCUAGGAAAGACAGCACAAAAGAGAGGCAACUAUAUGCAUAAUAAAAAGGCAGAAAAUGUAGAAUACUUAUACAUUGGAUUAAUCCAUUUCGUCUUCAGCGUAUUGAUUUUAAUGGGCUUCUGCCACUAAAAGCACAUAGAGAGAGGAACCGGGUGUUUGAAGACAAACACGAAAGUGUAUUUUAUUGGAUGUCUUGAAGUGAAAGGCACUCAUAUAGUUAUGUAUAUUAAAUAGGCAUGCCUUUCAAUUAUUUUUGUUUUCCUAUGGGGACAGAUGGAAAGUGCUGAAUAUUUAAAGUGGAGAGUUCAGACACUACGAUUAAAAUCCUAAGCAAAAUUACAUCAUUCCAAGCACAUUGACUGCGAUGGACUUAAAAGAAUGCGACUUCUUUGGUUUCUUCUGUAAAAGAACCCAAUGCUAGAUACGUGAAAAUGCAAAAAAUAAUUAUUAUUUUAUUUUACUGUCAAAGAGAAAUGGUGCCUUUUAACUGAGCAACCUGAGCCACUAUAUGCUACUCUCUUAUUCAGAGCAUUGGUGGCCCAGGUUUGCCAUCUGGGUGCUUUGGUCAUUCCAUCCUCCAUGUUGUUUCUUACGACUGAUGCCAUCUGACGUUGAUUGUCUGGUUGACUGCCAGAGUGAAAUUACAUAUGUCACAUCUACCUGGAAACAAAGAAUAUAAUAAUAUGUUGUUUACAUUAAUAAACUAGUAAAUAAACUGUUAACCUUG